UGAAAAGAAAGAAUUAUGUCUCUAAUGGUUUCUGUUGUUAAUGUACGAGGUUAGUUAGAAAUGAAUCUCCAGAAUUUCCUUCCUGUAGGCAACAAUAGGCAGGACAUAAAAACGCACUAUCAGAAGAUGGAAUUGUCCAAGUGAAAUGCACAAAGAACGCCCUCUUUUACCCAAAAGAUAUUCAAACGACCAAGGUUAUCUGAAGAGAAUCGACCCCGGUACAACUUCUUCACAGAACUACUGACGCAUGGUCAGCCGCCUUUGUCUCGAAUGCGCAAGCAUUCCGUGCAGUGUUUGUGAUAAGGCUUCCUGGCCUCAAUCUUGUCUCCUGGGUCGGUCUCUUCUGGUAGAGUGCGGGAAGCGGGAAAGUCCACAAUGCACCACGAUUCUCCAUGGUCAUGUUCACCGCGUAAAACAAACACAAUUCUGUUGUCAAACUGAUUUCUAAUCGCCAAUCCUUGGAUUACAGCUUUGCCAUAACCGUGUGUUCAAUAUCAGAUCAAUGGCAGCAUCAUACAGAAAAGGGGCUCUCUCGACAGGGCAGAGGAAGAAAACAGGUCCAAAGCCAGAAUUAACAGAAGAGCAGAAACAAGAGAUUAGAGAAGCAUUUGAUUUGUUUGACACUGAUGGAUCUGGGACGAUUGAUGCAAAAGAGCUGAAGGUUGCCAUGAGAGCACUGGGUUUUGAACCAAAAAAAGAGGAAAUCAAGAAAAUGAUAUCUGACAUUGACAAAGAUGGAUCAGGAACUAUUGAUUUUAAUGAGUUUCUCCAAAUGAUGACAGCAAAAAUGAGUGAAAAAGAUUCUAAAGAAGAAAUUCUCAAAGCAUUCAAACUCUUUGAUGACGAUAACACGGGAAAAAUUUCAUUUAAAAACCUUAAAAGAGUUGCGAAAGAACUUGGUGAAAAUUUAACUGAUGAAGAAUUACAGGAAAUGAUUGAUGAGGCUGACAGAGAUGGUGAUGGGGAAAUUAAUGAAGCUGAAUUCCUUCGUAUUAUGAAAAAGACAAGCUUGUAUUAGACCUCAGUUCUGAUGGCAGCAGAUGUAAAAACAAUGUUUUAAAGUGUACAGAAUGUUGUCUUUCCAUUCAAAGAAGUUUAUCAUCAUCAUCAUCAUCAUAUGACGCCAGUGAUCUUAUACAUUAAUUAAUCAGCUAACCAUUGCUCAAAAAAUAAUGCAGAAUUUGUCAGUCUUAGUCACUUUAUUUAACAUUUACUAUUUUUGAUCAGCUCUUUGCAACAAAGUUUUCAUUGAUCACAAUUUUAAUUUAUUACAUUUAGAGGGAACUCUCAGUAGCUACUUAACACCAGUGAUAUGUACAGUUGUCCAAAAAAGAUGACCAACAGCAGUAACAGCAGUGACAUUUUAAUCCUUCUGGUCAAGUCUGAUCAUCUUGAGGGCAAAACUAAUUAAAAUAAACUUGUUGAAAAUCAA